AUGGCAGACGACGAAGUUCAGGCUCUCGUUGUGGACAAUGGUUCGGGCAUGUGCAAAGCCGGUUUCGCCGGAGAUGAUGCGCCCCGUGCUGUGUUCCCGUCCAUUGUCGGUCGCCCACGUCAUCAGGGUGUCAUGGUUGGUAUGGGUCAAAAAGACAGCUAUGUUGGUGAUGAAGCUCAAUCCAAACGUGGUAUCCUCACUUUGAAAUACCCUAUUGAGCACGGUAUCGUGACCAACUGGGAUGAUAUGGAAAAGAUCUGGCAUCACACUUUCUACAACGAGCUGCGUGUCGCCCCCGAGGAACACCCAGUCCUGCUCACUGAGGCCCCAUUGAACCCGAAAGCUAAUCGGGAAAAGAUGACCCAGAUCAUGUUCGAGACCUUCAACACUCCAGCCAUGUAUGUCGGUAUCCAAGCUGUGCUAUCGCUGUACGCCUCCGGUCGUACUACUGGUAUUGUGUUGGAUUCUGGAGAUGGUGUGACCCACACUGUACCAAUCUACGAGGGUUAUGCUCUGCCCCAUGCCAUUUUGCGUCUGGACUUGGCCGGACGUGAUCUGACNGACUAUCUGAUGAAGAUCUUGACCGAGCGUGGUUACAGCUUCACCACGACGGCCGAGCGAGAAAUC